AUGGCGUCAAUGAGCUCUGGUGAUGAAAGCCUUCGGCUUUGUGUGUUUGAUUUGAGGAGAGGCCAAACAGAAGGACAGGAGCUAGACAAGAUUUUGUUCUUUUAUCCUGCCGAGUUAGACUUCUCGACGCAGCUAUCAGUUAUCGGACUCAGUGAAGGUCUUAUUACUUUUACGAGACUUUUCUCUCCGGAGGCAGCUUGUGAGGUAAUAGAAGCAGAAAGACAUUCCCACGUUUUCCACGAGGCUGAACCUGAUAUCUGGAUGGUGAUGGUUGUGGAGAAAAAUAAGGAGACAGGAGCAAUAUGGAGGAUUGAUGCACUUCGGAGAGUGCUUAAGGAAGUGCACUCACUCUUUGUGAUGUUUCACGGUUCAAUUAGGGCAUUAAUUGAAAAAGAACCAACAGGGGUGCUUACCCGAUCACUGUUGUAUCCGUUCAUCACAGAUUAUUUAAGCUAUCUUUUUGUUGGGAAGAAACUUCAGCUACCAACCUUUCGCGAAACUUUGAGAGAGCGUGGAACUGUUCAAAUGCUUACUGUAGCAAGGGACACGGCACUUGAAGUUCAGUCUCUUGUUCAAGUACUAGAUUCAUGUGCUGGGAGCUUGCGAUGCCACUCUAUGAUCUUAUUUCAAGAUCUAUUGGUUUCAACAACUCUCUCAGCUGAUGAUACUGUCAACUUAUUUACAUUUGCUNUAAUGAGGUUGACCUCAAACGCUUUAUCUUCUGGCGCAAAUUCCUGGUCAUAUCUACGUAAGGGGCCUGGGUCACCUGUAAUCUCUUCUAGAUCUACUUCGGCGCCCCUUGGUUCAAUUGAUUCGCUACAUUCAGGAAAUAGUAAUGACAUGCAUCAUGUUAUUAGGCCACUACAAAAUGAUAAGUGGACAAAAGGGAAAGAUGGUUUUCUUAUCACCGAUAUUUGGGGUCUAGAGACCGAUGGCUCGCCUGAUUCUGCCAUCCCUACAAUCUGGCUUCAGCAGACACAAGAAAGAGUGUAUCUCCUUGCUUAUCAAUAUAAUAGUCUCACGUUACUUCUUCUCAUGCAUACAGCUGCCAUUGUCAAUGGAGAUUUAAGCGUUUCAGCCGUGAAACAGCAAGUUAUUGAAGAUGCAUCACUGAGAAUUUUGAAAAUUGAAGAGAACAUUACAAGAGGGUGGGGCGGUGAGAAUGCUUACCAUGUUAAGGGUUACCGUUACUUGGUAGUUGACAAUGACAUGAAAGUUUCCAGAGCUUCUCCUUCAGGAAAAGUAGCAACACUUGCAAAGGAGUCUCUGCUUGCACUAAACAAGCUCAGAGAAGAAGUGGAUAUAGAAAAAAACCGUGCAAAAAGGCAGGGGAAAGACAUGGAAAUAUGCAUCAGAGCUAAGAACAAAGCGUGGGUGAUCGCCCGUUUGACCAGAGGUAAAGAGCUUUACAUGGCUUUGGAGAAAGCCAGCGACACUCUUCUUGAUACCUCAGACGCUGUUGGGAAAUUCAGCAACAGGUAUUGCAGCGGAGCGUUCUUGAUGGACUAA